AUGACUGAACAGCCACAACAAGUGAAUCCAGACGAGCCUCCCAAUUUCAACAUAGAGUCCGAUGCUGAUGUCGAGCCUUUAGUGACUCAAUUAAAAGUCUUUUUAGAAAAACAUGAUAUGAAUUGUUCUGUGAAGCUUCGACCCAAAAAGAUGAGGGGAGCAACUUCCACAGUAGAUGGAGAUGGCAUUAAAACAGGAGAAGUGAACAUCCCAUCCGACUUUACCAUAACUGGCCGAGACAACAAUGGCAAAGAAGUCAAGCAUGGUGGUGAUGCUGUUAAAGUGAAGAUAGUUGAUCCACAAGGGAAUGAAGUUACAUGUGAAGUAGUUGACAAAGAUGAUGGGACAUAUGAAGUGAAAUACACUCCAUUAGUUCCUGGCAUUCAUAAAGUCGAAGUUCAAGUGAAUGACGAACAAGUAGAAAACACUCCAAUUGAUGUUUAUGUUUACGAUGAGAUCCCAGACGCUUUGAAUUGCACAGCAGAUGGUGAAGGUCUUAAGACUGCAGAGACUAAAACCCCAGCGCCGUUCAAAAUAACAGCAAGAAAUAGAAUUAAUGAACCACUCAAAAAAGGUGGCUUAGUCUUCGAUGUCAAAGUAACUGGACCUACUACUCCAGCUGACGUCCAAGUUAUUGAUAACAAUGAUGGAACUUAUGAUGUCAAUUACACAGCUAAAGAGGUUGGAGAUCACCAUAUCGACGUCUUGGUCAAACUCCCAGAAGAUCGACCAAAAGAAGAGGCACAACAGGAUGACAAGAAAACAGACGACCAACAAUCUCAAAAUGAAAACCUCAAAAGAAUUAAAGAGAUGCCCGUCGACGUCAAAGUCGAAUUGAACAAAAAUUCGGCAGAUCCGACUAAAUCAUAUGCGGAAGGCCCGGGAGUCAAUGGUGGAGCUAAUUCGAGAGACCCAGCGGAGUUCACUAUACAUCCUAUUAAGUCAAAUGGAGAACCUUGCGACCCAGCAGAGAACACUAAUUUCGAUGUCUGUGUCACCGACCCAGACGAUAAUGAAAUUGAAGCUAAAGUCACUAAGAAUGAGGACGGGACGUAUCAUGCGGAGUAUCAACCUACUAAACCGGGAGAAUAUCAAGUGGAAGUCAUGUUACGUAAUCCGGACGUGCCUACUAACUUUGAUCAUAUCAAAGACUCGCCUUUCACUUGUAAGAUCUUACAAGAUCCAUCGACAGCGUGUCUGUUAAAUUCAUAUGCGUAUGGGCCAGGCGUUGAUGGGAAGAUCGGGAUUGAUAAAAUCCCAGUCUUUAGAAUCCAAGCCGUCACUCUGUCUGGUGUUAAAUGCACUAAAGGAGGUGACGAGUUCAAAGUUGAAGUCAAGAACCCUGAAGGAGAGGUACAAACGCCAAAAGUUAAUGAUAAGAAGAAUGGGACAUAUGACGUCAAAUAUAAAGCGAAGAAGCCCGGAUUCUAUGAAGUCAAAAUCACAUUAAAAGAUCCGGAACAUCCAGAGGAAUUUAAAGACAUCAAAGGGUCUGUGUAUAGACCAGAGAUCUUAAAUGGAGUCGAGCCGAAGAACUGUAUAGUCGAAGGACAAGGCAUAACAGAACCAAAUGAUGAAGAUGAUAAUAUCUUUACUAUACAAGCUAUGGACUUUGAUAAUAAAAAGGUUGAGCAUGGAGAUACUCCGUUCCAAGUCACUAUCGACCAGAUCUCUAUAAUCACCGACGAGAAGAAAGACGGCGAAAAAGAAAAGGAAGACACUGACGAUGAAAAGGACAAUGAAGAAGAAGUCAAUGAUGAAGAUGACGGCGCCGAUGAGAUGUUUGCGAUGUUACAAGACACCGUUAACCCCUCAAAUGAAAAUGAAGACCAAAAAACUAUUGAAGGCACUCCAGAACAGAGCAAACAAGAAGAAAGUCAACAAGAAGAAACUAAAGAAGAACAACCAAAACAAGACGAAAAAGCUCAAGAAGAAAGUAAAGAGCCCGAAAUUGAAGGCAAAAAGAUCAGACAACGUAAACAAGGUAACUUACCAUGCACAGUCGUCGAUAAAGAAAAUGGAACUUAUGACGUCCAUUAUAAGGCAGAGGCUGGGAAGAUCCGUGUCAAGAUCACAUUGAAUAACGAUAAGGUCGCUAAGUCCCCUUACUACUUGGAAGUCGAAGAAGACGCAGACGCCGACGAAAGUGGCGUCGAAAACUUCUGCUUUGUUGUCGAAGCAAAGAAUAGAAGAGGACAAAUACAAAAGGACGGCAAAGCUAAAUUCACCGUCGACUUGGACGGGCCAGAGGGGAAACUCGAGGAACAAAAGAUUAAAAUUAAACACCUCGGUGAAGGAAAGUACUUCAUCUCAUAUACUCUCCCUGCUGUUAAGGGUGAUUAUAACGUCAAUUGCAAACUCAAUAGAAGACACAUCGCUAACUCACCUUUCAAACAAUCAGUGAACUAA